GACGACGACGUCGCUCCACCUGUCGCGGCAGGCCUGGCAGGUAACAACAAAAGAGCAUCGACGAGAAAGAGCGGAAGAAAGGUAGAUACGGCUCGUGUGCCUAAGAACAAACGAACAUCACCUGGUGAACAGUACGUGGCUGACUUGGCGGAUGACGGUCGCGCUUACUAUCGUAGUAAGCCAACGGAAUCGCGGCGGGCAGUGAAUUUUUGUUUGGCGCGAACAUUUGAAAGCUCGCGUAUAUUUUUUUUUCUUUUGUUGUUUCGUGAUUACUGAAAAAAAUGAACGAGAUUUUUAUACGAGGGUUUGUGGAAGGUGUUUGAUGACUUUUGAAGAUGAAGUUUGGAUUUUUGAGGUUUGAAUAGUGUGACAUUUUGGAUUUUCUCGUGCGAAAAGUUAUAUUUCGAUUUGUUAGUCAAGAUGUGUAGUAAAGAACAGAUUAGUGACUUGAUGGAUAAAAUACACUCGGGUCUGCCGAAGUGUACGAUCAAGCUUCCUGCCUGGAACGACAUAACCUCCGCGCUGCCUCGGCUCCAUAUUCCAGCCAUGCCGGCCGUGCACUCCAAGCGCGGCUGGUGCGGCUGUUUACAGGAUGACGAACCACCCGAAAUAACAUACUGUGUAGUAGAAAAUACUGGAACGUUAACACUUCAAGCCAUUACCCCCACUCAACCGAUGCCAUGCCAAGAAGAAUUAGAUGCCAAAUUUGCAGAAUUGGUGGAAGAAUUAGAUCUGUCAAGCGACAAAAAAGCUACUAUGUUAAGCCUGGAACCACACAAGAAAUGGCAGAUCUACUGUUCAAGGAAAGGUGGCGAAGACACUUUGGACGAAGCACAUAUGCCAGAACACUACAUUGAAAGACUGAAAACACUAGCCACGUUGCAAUAUCCUGAAAGUAAUAUAGAUGAUGAAGUGAGAAACCGAUCAAAACAAAUAGACGCUCUAAAAACAGCCCUAAGAACAUCUACGCACAGCUUUGUCAUAAAAUUUAUCGAAUUGGAUGGCUUGCAAGCUCUUCUGGACUGCCUGGAGCGAAUGGAUUAUUCCACAUCCCAAAGUUCCAUUCACACAGGCAUAAUUGGUUGUGUGAAGGCCUUGAUGAAUAAUUCUAUUGGAAGGGCACACGUCUUGGCACAUCCUACCAGUAUCAACAUCAUAGCCCAGUCCCUGAGCACAGAUAAUAUCAAGACCAAGAUAGCCGUCCUGGAAAUUUUGGGAGCAGUGUGUUUGGUUUCGGGCGGACACAAGAAAGUUCUGGAUGCCAUGCUACAUUAUCAGAAGUACGCUUUCGAGCGUACCCGCUUCCAGGGAAUUAUUAACGAUCUGGACCGGUCCACUGGGAUCUACAUGGACGAGGUUAAUUUGAAAACGGCCAUAAUGUCUUUUGUAAAUGCUGUAUUGAAUUACGGACUUGGACAAGAAAACCUCGAAUUUAGGUUACAUUUGCGAUAUGAGUUCCUAUUAUUGGGCAUUCAGCCGAUUAUCGACAAGUUGAGACGCCACGAAAACGAGACUUUGGACAGACAUUUGGAUUUUUUCGAAAUGGUACGAAACGAAGACGAAAAGGAAUUGGCGAAGAAGUUUCAACAAGAACAUGUCGAUACAAAAAGUGCCACCGCCAUGUUUGAUCUGAUCAGGCGGAAACUCAGUCAUACCGCCGCCUAUCCCCAUCUAUUAUCCUUGCUAGAACACUGUUUACUUCUUCCUUUAGAUUAUGGCUCGCAUCCUCAGCAUUGGUUGUUGUUCGACAGGAUAGUGCAACAGAUUAUUUUGCAACAAUCUGACGAGACAGGAAAAAAAGAUGCCGAUGUGUCUCCUAUUAACAUAAACGUAAAGGAAAUAGUCCAUUUGUUAGCCAAGGAGGAAGAACUGGUUGCGGCCAGAAAAAAGGCAGAAGAACUCGAAAAAGAGAAUUUGGAUAUGUCAAAUCGUUUAGCUAAAAAGGAACAGGAGUUGGAUCAAAGAACGCAGGAAAAAGAAGACAUUGAAUCAAGUUUAGUGAGGGUUAAAGAAAGGCUAGAAAAAGAAACGGCAGCUCAUAUAGAAACUCGACAAAAACUAAACGAAGUUGAAUAUAAAGCAGCGGAGUUAGACAGACAAGUCAAUUGUGAAAGAGGAGAACGAUUUAGAUUAGAACGAUUAGUUAACUCUGGCAGUAUACCUGACGACACCAAAGCUAUAGGACUUAAUAAGACUAUCAUCGAUAUUAAUGGAUCGGGUGAUUCUAAAAUGGAACUGUCUACGCCACCUCCACCACCUCCUUUAGCACCACCGCCACCUCCUCCUGGCCCUCCUGGACCUCCACCGCCUCCGUGUGCUCCAAUGGCACCUCCAGUUGAACCACUAAAGGUUGAAAUUAUCAAGAAAAAUAUACCACAACCGUCCAAUCCUCUGAAGUCCUUCAAUUGGUCAAAAAUACCCGAAACAAAAUUGAGCGGGACAAUUUGGAAUGAAUUGGACGAUACUAAAUUGUAUAAUGCUAUGGAAUUCGAUAGUAUCGAUAAGUUGUUUUGCGCUUACCAGAAGAAUGGAGUAGCCAAUGACGGGUCCGUAGAAGAUCUUCGAACUUUGGGUAAGAACAAAACCAAGGUUCUCUCCGUUAUCGAUAGCAGAAGGGCCCAAAACUGCACCAUUCUCUUAUCCAAACUAAAAAUGUCCGACGAGGACAUUACCAAAGCGAUCCUCAGCAUGGACAGUAAAGAAAAUUUACCCAUCGAUAUGGUCGAGCAACUUCUUAAGUUUACGCCCAGUCCAGAAGAAUGUGCUUUGCUUGAAGAGCACAGCGAUGAAAUCGAUUCACUCGCCAGAGCAGAUAGAUUUUUAUAUGAAAUAUCAAAAGUUCCUCAUUACGAGCAGCGUCUUCGUAGUUUACAUUACAAGAAACGUUUUCAAGUUACCCUCAACGAGAUUCUCCCAAGGAUAACCAGCGUUAUGGAAGCGUCCAGAGAAGUGUCGAGGUCGAGACGUCUAAGGAGAUUGUUAGAAAUCGUUUUGGCGCUAGGAAAUUACAUGAAUAAGGGCGCUAGAGGCAACGCUUCCGGAUUCAGGUUGGCCUCGUUGAAUAGGCUGGCCGAUACUAAGUCUAGUUUAUCCAAAGGAACUACGCUUUUACACUAUUUAGUACAAAUUUUGGAAAAGAAGUUUAAAGAUAUUUUACGACUGGACGAAGAUCUACCGCACGUUCGUGUCGCAGCCAAAGUUUCCUUAGGAGAAUUGAGCAAGGACAUGGCUCAACUUAGAGCCGGAUUAAAAGACGUAGCUAGAGAAAUAGAGUUCCACAGAAGCCAAAGUCCGUUAGCCAACGAUAAGUUUGUUCCUGUAAUGAGAGAAUUCCAAGCUACUGCCACCUGUCGUCUGGCUGAAAUCGAAGACCAAUAUCAAGAUAUGAAGACGAGAUUUGAACGCGCUGUGAGAUUAUUUGGAGAAGAACCAUCUAAUACUCAACCGGAUGAAUUUUUCGGUGUGUUUGACGCUUUUUUGAUAGCUUUUAUGGAAGCCCGGCAGGAUAACGAAAAUAUGAAGAGGAAGCAAGAAGAAGAUGAAAAACGUGCAAAGCAAGAAGAACAAUUGAAGAAACUGACUUUGGAAAGAAAACAUAGUCGAGAAGGCAUAUUAUCAGCUAUCAACAAAAACAUCAACCUGAAGAACGGAGAUAAUACGAAGGCUGGCGAAUUUGAUGAUCUCAUUUCGGCAUUAAGAACUGGUGACGUGUUCGGUGAGGAUGUUGCCAAAUUUAAGAGAAGUAGGAAAAGCAGGGUACACCCUGGCAGUUCGCCGCCCAGAAGGAACGGAGUUAGUAGAGAGGAUAGUCGUGAAAGAGUAGUUAUCAACGUGAGCACCGGUAGAAUACAAUAAAUCUUGACAGGCAAAGUUGUAAUAGUGAAAGUUUUUGCAUUUCUUUGUCAUUUAUAACUAUCGUGGUAUCUCAUGUCGAGAAUGGAAUCUCAGCGUUUGACUUAAUGUAUAUUCGUGAUAUACAAGUAAUUAUGUUGUGUAUAAGGACAAAAAAAGAUGUAACUACUUUCCGUCAUUGUGAGAAGGCCUAGAGAAAAAGAGAUUAGUCGAAACAUUUGAUGUAAAAUAGAUAUUAGCAUUUUUACUUUUGCUAAGUGAAUAACCAAAAUCAUAAACGUAUAAUAAUAUAUUAAAUUAACUACUGUACUUAAAGAAUAUAGUGCUUCAUAAAAAAACUGAGUAUCUUAAUUUGUGUUUAUGUAGAAAUUUAUUUAUAUAAAGUGUUUAUUAUUUGUCUAAGUUAAGAUUUUUAACGUAAAGAUAUUUCGUGUGAUUAUUAAUUUAGGUUUCACCUUUGUAAUAUAUUUUUGCAUAAUAUUAAUAUUUACGGACCAAACUGACUAGAUAUAUUUAUAUUUCACGAUUUAGUUCAAAUAUUUUAUUAGUACUAUAAUAACAUAACUAAUCGUUUAUGGCAAUAUGUAAUUCUAGACACCAAACACCAAUUUACGUCACCAAAGGUGAACUUUGAUACAGAAAAUUGUCUCCAAUAAUUUAGUAAUACAAUACAAUUAAGUAUUUUACAAUAAUUGGUAAAUGUAUAUGGUAGUGCAUUUUAUAAAUUUUUACAAACAGAAAGAUUUGUUAUACGCAAUGUUUUAUUUACUUUUUUAUUUUUUUAUUAAACAAUUUCAAUUUGAUGUCUAUAUUUGAAGUAAAAAUAGUAAACUUGUUAAUUUAUUUUAACA